UCCAGACUCGAUAUACAGUGGAUUUCACGCCACUCGUCCUGUACGCUCGUCGCCUGGUUACAUCAGUGCGCUAUCUUGGUAUAAACGGAAGGCUUUUAUUUUUCAUCAGAAGGCUAUCUGAACAGAUUAACUUUCCCGGAACAAGUAGCUAGUUACAAUAGCAGCCGAAUUUGUUAUCUGGGAAAGACGUAUCGGACCGCACAAUGCGGGGAAACGGGACUCGUUCGCUACGCGGUAGCUGAGCUACUAUCCGCUAGUUACCCCGAGUCAGAAAGGGCAGUUGUACUGUUAUGUUUUCCGACUGUAAGCUGUAGCGUCAGUGCUUGGAAUAGGCCAGUCAAAAUAUAUGCAACUGGGUUAAAGACAGUUCAGUCGCUACUGCUUGACCGCAGGACAUCGCCCCCAGCCCCAGGGAGGAACUCAAAUCCGUGGCUCCGAAACCGGCCUGAACAGCAAGUCUUUCCUCGUGUGAGAAACUUGUAUAGUUGUUGGUAUGACGAUUCAGCUUAAUGUAGCGAGUGCAGCUGGAGAAAUGUUCAAAGUGUAAAGGGAAUAAUUUCUUCGCUACAACUGGUUUAGCAAUUUUAAAAAUCCAGAAUGGCGUCUUACGUGGACAGUAGUUUUCGAAACGCGAUUAUGAAGAACCCGACCGACAGGACGCAACAGGACCUACAAAUAGUAUACUCCUAUCUGCAUGGCAUGGAAGCACUGUCAAAUCUGAGAGAGCACCAGCUCAGGUUGAUGUGUGAAUCAGUUCGGUAUGAACAGCACGAUGCCAAUGAGGUUUUGUACUACCCGGAUGACCUCGGCACGUGCUGGUACAUCCUGUUGUCCGGCUCCGUCUUUAUAAAGGAGUCCAUGUUUCUGCCGCGCAGCAGCUUUGGGAAGCGCUCUGCAGGUGGCCUGCGUCGAGGGUGCGAGUGUAUAGUCCUUGAGGCUUCAGAAAUGAUAGUGGUGGACUACAUGGAGGACAGUGACGAGUACUUUCACAGACAGGCAUCGCAGCGGCAGUCCAGGAGAAGGUUCCGGAAAAUAAACCAGCGCGGAGAGAGACAGACCAUCAUCGACACGGUUGAGCAUUAUCCCGCCAGCAAGCCUCCCCUGCCACCAGGCUACCACACGGAAUGCUCAAAAUCCCAGCUUCCUGCAGAUUUUUCUAAGAUCCACCUCUCGGACAAUCUCCACUUGCACGUGUCCUCCAGCCAGUCGCGUUCCAGCAUCACCAGUGAUUCGGGAAGCAGUAGCCUGUCAGAUAUUUACCAGGCUACUGAGAGUGAGUGCGGUGAUGUGGAUCUCAGCGGGUUGCCUGAAACAGCAGUGGACUCGGACGAUGAUGAUGACGAUGAAGAUGUGGGGAGGUCCGGGGACCCCCUCAUGAGUCGAGAUAUAGUGAGGGACUGCCUGGAAAAGGACCCCAUGGACCGCACAGACGACGACAUCGAGCAGUUGCUGGAGUUUGUUCAGCAGCUGCCGGCUUUUGCCAGUCUGAGCGUGUCUGUAAGGAGGGAGCUGUGUACUGUCAUGGUGUUUGCCGUUGUGGAGCGUGCUGGAACCAUCGUGCUAAACCACGGCGAGGAGCUGGACUCAUGGUCAGUUAUCCUGAAUGGAGCUGUGGAGGUGAUGUAUCCAGAUGGACAGUGUGAGACAGUUGGCAUGGGAGGCAGUUUCGGGGUCUCCCCCUCCAUGGACAAAGAGCUGAUGGUCGGCAUCAUGAGGACUAAAGUGGACGACUGCCAGUUUGUGUGUAUAGCCCAGCAGGACUACUGCUGCAUUCUGAACCAGGUGGAGCAGAACACUCAGAGGCUGGAGGAGGAGGGCGAGAUUGUCAUGGUGAAGGAGCAUCGGGAACUCGACCGCACAGGGACCCGCAAGGGUCACAUCGUUGUCAAGGGCACAUCAGAGCGGCUCAUCCAGCAUUUAGUGGAGGACCACACCGUGGUGGACCCCACGUACAUCGAGGACUUCCUGCUUACCUACCGCACCUUCCUGUCUAGUCCUCUCAUUCUGGGCCAAAGAAUGCUGGACUGGUUCAAUGACCCUAGUUUACGUGAUAAGGUGACAAGAGUCAUAUUGCUGUGGGUCAAUAACCACUUCAGUGACUUUGAGGGAGACCCUGGCAUGACCACCUUCCUGGAGGAGUUUCAGAACUGUUUGGAAAGAGAAAAGAUGACUGGCCAGCUGCGUCUCCUGAACAUCGCAUGUGCUGCUAAGGCCAAACCACGUUUGGUCUCCAUCACAAGGGCCUCUCGGGAAAUGGCCCUUCCCUUCACUCUGAUUGGUGGUGCAGAGCGGGGGACACGCCUUUUCAUUAACAGUGUAGAAGUGGGCAGUAAGGCAGAGGAGGCGGGGCUUAAGCGUGGAGAUCAGAUAUUGGAGGUUAAUGGACAGACAUUUGAGAAUGUGCAUUUGGCCAAAGCCAUUGACAUUCUCAAGAACAACUUGCAUCUUUCCAUGAAUGUCAAAACCAACCUUUUAGUCUUUAAGGAACUGGUGACCCGGAUAGCGGAGGAAAGGAAGAACGGGGUUCCUCACCUUCCUAAAAUUGGUGAUGGGAAGAAAAGCUCCCGCUACUCUGUUCCUGAGCUUGGGGUCACUCCUGGGGUCAUAAGUCAAGAGAAGGUCAGCAAGAAAGUCAAAGCACACACAGUGGGCGGCCGCAACAAACUGAUGAAGAUUCUAGACAAAACGCGCAUCACCAUCCUACCUCAGAAACCAUACAGUGACCUCGGCUUGGGGCAGACGCAAGAUGACAGCAGUGGCCUGAGGCAGACCAAGCAGGGUCCUCCCACCAUGCCUGUCAGCAGCAACUUGUCGUCCAGCAACCCUGAUUGCCAAGGCCAACAGCGCAUCAUUGACUACAGCACACAGCCACCUGCACCUGGAUUCACUCAAUUACAGGAUCAGGUGCUGCGCUGUCUUAAGCUGACCAGCCAAAGUCGUUACCUGCUAAUCAACAGAGACACCACGGCCAGAGAGGCGGCCAACCUGGCGAUCCGAGAGUAUGGUCUGACAGCUGCCCAGAAGCUUACUCGCUAUGUGAAGUGUCCCGUCACGCCAGAGGGUGUCAUCAAACAGAGGAGACUUCCAGACCAACUCUCAAAACUGGCAGACAGGAUCCAGCUCUGUGCCAGGUACUACCUUAAGAAUAACAUGGAGACAGAGACACUGUGUUCGGACAUGGAGGCUCAGGAAAUGCAGCGGGAGUCCCAGGUGUGCCUGUUGUCUCUGAGCUCCGCCGAAAUAGCAAAUCAGCUAUCGGCACGCAACUACCUGCUCUUCGCCAGCAUCGAGCCCACUGAUUACAUCUUAGACCUCUUCAAACUCUGCCCACACGACCUCCCCACCAGCCUCCGUAGCUUCGAGGACCUCGUAAAUCAAGAGACCUUCUGGGUCGCUACGGAGAUUGUACGGGAGCCCAACCAGUCCAAAAGGAUGAAGAUCAUCAAACACUUCAUAAAAGUCGCCCUACACUGCAAGGAAUGCCGAAACUUCAACUCCAUGUUUGCCAUUAUCAGUGGCCUCAAUCUGGCACCUGUGUCCCGUUUGCGGGCUACAUGGGAGCGCUUGCCUGGCAAGUAUGAGAAGCUGCUAUCCGAGCUGCAGGAGGUGUUCGACCCAUCACGCAACAUGGCCAAAUACCGCAAUCUGUUGAACAAGCACAACCUCCAGCCACCGGUCAUCCCCCUUUACCCCGUCAUUAAGAAAGACCUCACCUUCCUCCAUGAGGGUAAUGACUCUAAGGUGGAUGGUCUAGUAAAUUUUGAGAAGUUGCGGAUGAUUGCACGUGAGAUCAGACACGUGGUCCGAAUGGCAUGUGUCAGCACAGAUCCAGCGGUGCUCUUUAGGACCAGGAAGAAAAAGUGGAGGAGUCUUGGGUCUUUGAGCCAGGUGAGUGGCUCGUCUCUGGCGGAUGUGGGCACGGCGGCCGGGCGGAGGAGGGGCCGACGCAGCUCUUUCCUCAGUGCCAAGAAGCUCUACGAGUCAGAGCUGAUGAGCAGACGUGUGCGGCAGUACCUCGAUACACUGGAAUACGACAGCAAUGAGGAUGCCUUACACACACACUCACUGCAGUGGGAGCCCGCCACCAACAUGGUGAGCAAGACCACUACAGAGAAAAAACGAGCUGAUGCAUCUCCAGUCAGUCAGAGAAGCCCCACCCCAAAGCACCCCACUCGCAAGAAGCCACCUGGCAAAGAAUUGCCACCAUUCGGCGUCCCUUCCCCUGGCUCCCGGCAGAAGAUUCUUUCUCUGUCAGAAGAAGGGCAUGAUAGACAAAGAAGGCAACCAGAAGUCUGCCAAUCAAACAUUGGCCCUAUCCUCUCCACCCCACCCACUUCUCCUAAUGGCAUGCUGCGAAAAGGGCCAUACCUGUCUGGGAACGAAGCACCUGAUCAGCUGAGUGUCCUGAGUUCCUCCUCCUCUGAGCUCGCUGCAAGUGAAGACCACACACCCACCCACAUGCGGACCCUCUCUCAUCCACAUGCCCUGGCACACACACUCAGCACACAUCGGACUGAGCUCGACCAAAUCAGCCUUGGCUCUUACUCAUUGACCCAGGAUCAGUGUGAUCGCACAUCACUGGAUGCAGCUGACAGCGGCCGGGGCAGCUGGACCUCCUGCUCUAGUGGCUCCCACGACAACAUCCAAAGCCUUCCACAGCGCAUAGGUUACUAUGACAGCCGGAGCUGGGAGACUCUGUCAGAGGGGCAGGGGAUUGGGCGGAGCCAGUCAGCCACGCCCAUAGGCUACUGGGGUGAUGAAUCGGAAGGUGACACAGGAACGAUCAAGCGAAGGGGUGGAAAGGAUGAGGUGCCGAGUGUGCAGAAGAGUGCGGCGACUCGACGCGAAGGGCGUUUCCGAGAGCCGCCACCCACACCGCCUGGCUACACGGCUCUGUCUGUGGCCGAGGCAGAGGAGGUUAGCCAUGGCCAUGGCCGACGUCCACCAGACUACAAUGCAGCCCUGCAGAGGUCCCGCCUUCUUAAAAGGUCGUGUGACUUAGAACCUCCUCCACAGCCACGCCCAUCCAGUCGCAUGCACGGAUAUACCCACUGUCCAUCACCACGGCGACCACCGCGCGACGAAAAUGAACAGGUGUCAGCAGUAUGAAAAACAACUCCAUGCCCCUCAGCAAACAGCAGCCAAGCUGACAUUCGCCCAGCACACCAUAAGUUUUGCAGUGCUAUUAGAAGCUACUCAUAUGCAGGUGAACCCAAGCAAGCCCUGUUCAGACUCCUUACUUCUGCUGUCAGUCGACUGGUGCCUGUGGUUGCUGUCUGUUGAGUCCAUGAGUGAGGUCAGAGGGGCUUAACAUCACAAAAUACAAUUGGGAGGCAUUUAGAUCUCCUUUCUUGAGAAUCACUGUGAGAAAUAAGAGCAAGAUAUUUUGGCACUUUGAAGGAAAGACAAAUGAAUGAUGGAGAAUUGCCAGCUUAAACAAAAAAAAAAAUCAUGGAUAUUUUUUUUUUUUUUUUUUUUUACCAUGGAAACAGUGUUAUUUUACAUGUCUGAUGUCUACGCAGUCUGUUGUGUAUAUGUGUAUUGAGGAGAAUGGGGGGGUUUGGAGCUGCAUGCAAAGGAUACUUGAAUCAAAGGCUGCAUGUAUUUGCAGGCAAUAUUAGCCCUGUUCAGGCACAUAGAGCAAAAUAAAACUGCCAGUAAUCGACCUCAGAGGCAUCUUUAGUUCAGUGUUACAAGUGUUCAGUUGAUCAGUUAUUGUGCUUUUAAUCCUGUCUUAUCUGUUUAUAUUCCCACCUAAUUCUUCAGAUGUGUUUACCAGCACAUUUUUCUUUUAAUUAUUCAUUUUUAGAAUUGUUUAUUUUAUUUUAAUGUUGAAUCAGUUUGAUUCCCCUCUUUGCCGAUCAUGUAAUAUAAAGCAUACAUUGUAAACUGUUGCACAAAUGGGGAUAAACUUGUAAAAAUAGAAUGUUUGCAUAGUUGCUAUUUGUCAUAGUUAUUGCAUAGCUAUUUUUAGCUAGAUUAUAAUGACAUAAUAGAGAUAUGAAAAGCCUCCUCUGUCUCCAUUUCGUUACCAAGUCGUAUUUUCAUGCUGCAUGUAUUUGUAUGUCUUUUAAAAAGACAACUGGCAAUAGUCUUGAUCUCAUUUUGUAUUUUUAAUACAAUAAUUGUAAAUAUUGGUUAUAUUUUAAGAGUUGAGAGAUAUAUAUAUAUGUUUCAGGUAACAUUCAGCUGCCAUGAGUUUCAAAGACUGAGAAUAAAAUACUGUAGCAAUG